UUGAUUUAUAUAAGUAAAUUAAGAAUGCAGUUAAUAAGCAAACCUUCAAAUGCUUCCGCUUAUUUGACAUUCUCAUCAAUUAUGCAUUGGCCAAUUACUCAUCGAUGGCGUAUCUUGUAGUUCAGAGCACUCAAAGUUAUGCCAAGACUUCCGCUUCAGUCAUGUGGCAUGUGCCAAUCGAGUUGCACAACGUUUCGCUGCGCCUCAUGCGUCGCCUGAUGCACUUGCUGCUGUUGCUGCCACCUCGAGUUUGGAGGCAUGUGAAUCUCCUCUACAUGGUCGCAUUGUUCGCGUAUCUCGCUUUCAUCUUCCAUUGGCGAAUUAGUUUUAACUACCAUGUGGUCUACGACAUUCAAGUUGAUUCCUUUUCGCGCUUCAUCGAUGUGUUGAAUUUCCUUGCACUCAUCACCUGCCACAUUGCGGUUGCCAUGGAAUUGCUGUGGCGCAAUCGAAGCGAACAGAUCGAACAGCAACUGGAACGCAUGAGAUACAUGCUGCGAGUGCAAUUCGGAUAUCAAGUGAAUCUGCAACGUAUUCAAAGCCAUUGCCAUUGCAUCUAUGGAUCGUUGUUAAUGCGCUCCAUUAUUUUGCUAGUCAUGACCAUCUACAACAAUCUGGUUACGGAUGUUUCGCUUUCAGUUUGUACUCUGUGCUGA